AUGUGUCUUCAUCUCGAUGGCCUGAAACUUUGGCAGAUUGUCGAAGCCAAGAAUGCACCAAGAAAGAAGGAUCGUCAAGUGAUGCCGAUCAUGUUCAGCACGAUUUUAGAUGAGAUCAUGUGGGAACUUGAUGUGGAGAAGACAGCCAAGCAAACUUGGGAUUUCUUGAAGACCAAGAAUGGUGGCAAGUCUCCUCUCUGCAAGGCAAGAAUUCAAUCACUAAAAAGAGAUUUUUAGUUUCUUUCCAUAAAAUGGACUAGGAUAAAUUAGUCUUGGAGUAUUUCAGCAAGCUCUCCAAAGUGGUGGUUGAAAUGAGCUUAAGAGAAAAAAUCCGAACGCUGAGAUUGCCUCCAAGCUUCUUAGAUCUGUCUCAAGUAAGUUUGAUGCCAUAACCUCUUCGAUUGAGCAAUUUCAAGUUUUUGAUUCACUUACCCUAGAUGAGGUGAUUGGAUCUUUAAAGAUUAAUGAGGAUAAGUUGAAGGAUCGAUCAGCUAAGACAGAAGAAAAUGCUCUCUUAACUAAAGCUUUUGGAAAGUCCGAAAAGAAAGAAGAUGACAACUCAAGAGGAAGAGGCAAAGGUAGAGGAAGAGGCACAAGUUGCAGUAGAGGUCGAGGAAGAAGUAAUCAUCAUAAUGAAAAUAGUGAUGAAGAGGAUGAAAAGCCUAGAGAUAAGUCGAAAGUUAUAUUUUACAAAUGUAAGAACCUCGGGCAUUAUGUGAAUUAAUGUUAUUAGUCCAAGAAAUAUCAGCCGAAGAAAGACAAGUCUGAGAAGGUAAAUAUAGUAGAGGAGGAUGA